GCGGAGGUGCACCUACUGGCGUAAAGACUGAAUAAGGAAUCUGCUUUUAAGGAAGUGAAGCGCAGCAGGUAAAGCGUCGCGUCGCGUCGCGUCGCGUCAGUGCGAGUGUGCUCCGAUAAGAGCCGCAGCGCGUCUGAUCCACGUCACAUUUCCACGCAGUCCAGCAGCGCGAGGCAGUGACCACUAAUCACCGCGGGUCCGGCGCGGGGCAAACACACCGAGGACUGAACACAGUGAAAGAAUUCAGAGACCCCUGCUGACACCCAGCCUGUGCCAUCGGCUACAAUGAGUGCCAAAUCGGCCCUCAACAAGGCGAUCUUUAUUCCGAACGAUGAGAGACUGCUGGCAGCCGUGCAGGUGAAGAGGAGGACCAAGAAAAAGAUCCCGUUUUUAGCUACUGGAGGCACUGGUGACUACACCACAUUCAUUUGCUUAUCAGUGACCAAUAAGAAACCAGCGCAGGUGUUCCUCACGAAGGUGAAGCAGUUUGAAGGCUCCUCGUCUUUCGUCAGGAGAUCACAGUGGACCAUCAGUCAGCUGCGGCAGGUCAACGGCAUCGACUCCGUCCGAGAUUGCCCGGAGUUUGACUUGAUAUUUGAGAGCGGAUCUGACCAGUGGACUGCGGGUUCAGCUGGAGAGAAGUGCAUGUUUGUCCAGAUCCUGCAUCACACAUGUCAGCGGUUCAUCCCCGAAAGAAAACCGGAGUUCAUCAACUGCCACUCCAAACUGCUUGGAGGGAACAGCAUCCUGCACGAGGCAGCAGACAGCGUUAGCAGCGCGGUGCAGAAGGCCAGUCAGGCGCUGAACGAGCGCGGCGAGAGACUGGGACGCACCGAGGAGAAGACGGGCGAGAUGAUGAACAGCGCCCAGCAUUUUGCCGACACUGCACACAAGCUUGCCAUGAAGCACAAGUGUUAAGCCUUUGCCACCUUUGCCAUAUUUUUGGAGAAUCUGGUACAAAUUCCUCACCCCUGCUCAACCUCUGCUAUCAGAGAGCGUAACGGGACGUGCAUGAAGUAUCAUAUGAAGGACAGUGUGUAUCACAUGGCUGAGGCCUUGAAAAGAUCAUGCGUCCUCUACACAUGGAUGGGAUACUUGGUCAUUGCAAGCUUAAACAAAGCCUUAUUCCCGUGUCCUCACUCUGACAGACCUUUUAUUAUCAUUUUAAAAGAUUCAUUUACAAAAGAUGUAAAAUAGUUCCAAGGUUCAAAUGCCUGCUGAUAUAUGAUAUCCCUUCUAGAUUGUUUUAACCUAUUGAGUGUUUGAUAAGUGCCAUCGUGAAAUAAUUUUAGUGAAAUUAUUAGAAAUAUAUAUAUAUUUUUUUUUUUUGUAAAAUCCAUCUAGAGGGUUUGUAAAAAUAGCUUAUUCUUUUUUGACACAAUUUUGUUUCUUCAAAUCACCAUAUGCAAAACAAAGUAUUUUGCUAUAUUACUAAAAUAAAGUUCUAAGGCUAAUUUUAAUGGUGCAGUGACCCACAUUUUAAAUAAUGUAGUUUAUCUUAAAUUUGUGUUGAAAAAUCUACAGAAGUGCCCUGAGAAAAGACAAGAUUCACACCCUGAGAUGUGUUACGCUGCAGCUCAGGAAGGGUUGUGCCUUAACUGGAUGUGUGGGAUGUGUAAGUUCACGUACAGUGAACGAAUGAGACGAGGCGGUGAGGAGAUGCAGCUGAUCCGGUCAGCAGUGGGCCAGUCAAAGAAAAUAUCAUGCAGCUAUAGUUAAACUAGACUACAAGUGUCAUUUUUAAACCGACCGAUUUCUGCGUACCUUCAAGUACCAAACGUCUUUGCAGCAGUUUGAUAGCUGUUUGAUUUUAUUUCUUUAUUUUUCUGUACAGCUCACUCUACAGAUCUGGAACCAGCUAGAGCUGCUACAGAAACAUGCACUCACACUGCAGAUAUGUACAACAUAAACUGACAGUCUUUUGUCUUUUAGGGAAUAUUGCAGGUCUCUGAGGAGCAUAAAAAAAUUAGCUCUUUUUUUUCUCAAACUUUAGUCAAAAUACAUGCAGCUAUUAAAAUAACUUUAAUUUCUGCCCUGAAUUUUUCUUGAAUUUUCAGUCAUCUUUUGGCUUUUAUAAGCAUAUUUGGUGUAAAAUGAAUGUUUACACACAACAUGGUAUGUAUAAAAGUAUUACAAUUUUUACAAUUUUAUUUGGUCAAGUUAUCUGAUGCAUUUUAAACAGGUUUUGCCUUGAGAAACCUCUGCCAAAAAAAGCAUAUGGCUUAUACUACUUUAUUGUAUUUUGCAAUGUUAUUUUCCCAUUUGAUUGUUUUUGAAUAGAUAAUGAAAAAGUGACCAAAGUCUGUAUAGUUCUCAGUUUUAUGUUUUGCAUUUAAUAAUCAAAUUAUUCAUAAUCAGUCACAAUAAAUAUGCAUAAUCAUAUCUGUGCAUAGAACCCUGCCUUAAAAUUGCAUUCAGAACACUGUUUUACUUCUGUCAUUUGUAACGUGAUUUAUAGCUUCUUUUAUGUUAAGUGGCAUCAGCAGUCAUAUGGUUUGUUUUAUGGAUGUUGAGAACAGCUCUGAUGUACUGAUGUCUGACUGCAUGGCUGGGGGAUACUGCCAGAGACUGUCGUCAUCGUCAGAGAAAAACAGAUGAAUUAUGAAAUUGUCAUGUGCAUCCCAGGACUAGAUGUUCAUGUUUUUCAUGUUACGCUUUCAUGAUGAAAAACAAUCCCUGUUUGCAGUGAUCUAACCACAUCUUUGAGAAUGUAGAAUAGCGUUAUCUCCGUCACUAAGCUGUAAAUCAACUUUUUUUUUUUUUAAAGGGAAUAUUAAAGUAUUGUUUAACCUUUAAUACAAUGUGCCUGUGCUACUGUGUGGUAAAUGGAAUAAUGAAUGGUAAUAAAUUACGUCAUCAUA